AUGAAGUGGUCUGCUGUCUUCACUCUCGUCAUCGUCACCCACGGCUCACUUGCGCUUCCCCAAACACGGUUUCGCGCGGCGAAUCCCAAUAACGCAGACAAUACCAACAACAACGACAACGUUGCCUCGUUCGAAGGCCAAGCAUGCACCGAUGGCACAUUCAAUGGAUUCUGCGAUGAUACCGGCCGAUGCGGUUUAAACAUCCCACCCAACGAAUUUUCCAGACAGUUUGUCGCAGACCAAUGCGGCUUUGACAACUCUGAAGCGGAGGAGGCGUUUAGAGAUUUCUUUGGUGGGAACAACGGCAACGAUGAUAACAACAACGAUGGAGGGAAUGGAAACCCGGCUGACUUUGAGGGCCAGGCUUGUACUGAUGGCACAUUUGACGGUGUCUGUGAUGAUACCGGGCGAUGUGGGUUGGAGAUUCCACCGAAUGAGUUGUCGAGGCAGUUUGUCGCUGGCCAGUGCGGCUCUUGA